UAUAAACUUAUAAGCAUGGAGCCAAUGGAGCUUAGACAGCUUAUAAGCAUGGGUUAUAAUGUUUAUAACUUUUAGUUUAAUAUUAAAUGUUUGUGUUGUUUUAGGUUAAGGUGUAACAAUGAAAGUCUGACUAUUUUGCCUGUUUUUAAAAUUAAAUUGAGACUGUUAUCUCAACGGUCAAUCAAUCUACUACGUCUGUUCUCCACUCUACGUGACAUUGGCGGAAUCGUUCAUGCUCCUCUGGCACAACUGAAAGCCAUUAAACCAAUCAAUCAAUCAAUUAAGUUUAUAACUCAAAGAGUAAAAUAACUUGCUUUGUUAUAACCUUAUAACAUAUACAAGACAAAUUGUUAUUAACAGUGUCUUUCAUUAUUGUGUCUUUCUAAAUUAAAAAUUAUAAUAAAAUACUCUAUAACGUUUAUCAUAUAAUUUCAAAGUUCUUAUUGUAAUGCAUAGACAUAAAUUGUUUCGUACAAAAUAUUUGUAAGUAUAACAACAAUGAAACCACCCAUUGAGCCAAGAGAAGAAGAAUGUUGUAAUAGUGGCUGUAAUCCUUGUAUAUUUGAUGUAUAUCAAAGGCAGUUGGAGCUAUAUCAAAAUAAUAAUAAAGAUAGUGAUCAUACAAAUGACCAGAAUGGCAUCUCUGAAUUAGAAUACACAGCCUUUAUUGUUAUAGAUACUAUACAAAUAUGCAAAGCACAUAAAAUUGUAAAAUUAAAGAAACUGAAUAACGAGGAAUGUAUGAAUGUAUGGUGGAAUCCUGGUGAUCAUUUUCUUGUAAAGUAUACAUCUAAACAAUCUACAUGUUCUCGAGCUUAUACUCCAGUCAAGUUAAAAAUGCAUUCAAAUGAUGACUAUCAUUUUAUGAUAGUGAUUAAAAAAUAUAAUGAUGGAUUAGUAUCAAAUUACCUUUACAAUUUAGAAGUAGGAGAAGUAACUAUGUGGCGGGGGCCUUACGGACAUUAUAAAAUAGAAUCAAAUAAAUAUGAUAGAAUUAUAAUGAUUGCACAGGGGACAGGAAUAGCACCAUUUAUGUCUAUUAUAGACAAUAUUAUUAGUAAUGAAGAUGACAUGACUAAAAUUGUAUUAUAUUUUUGUUGUAGAAGUUUAGAUGAAGUGCUCUUUAGAAAUGAGUUGUAUAAUCUUAAAGCUUACUGGAAUUUUACAUAUAAAGUUUUUUUGAGUAAUAGUUCAGGCAAGGAAUUUCAUUUAAAGUAUGAGGAACCUAUAUGUUCUAGUAAGUUUGAUGGAAAGGAGUUGCAAGAUUUAAAUCCAUUUGUUAACAAUCAGUUUCUUUUGUGUGGCUCACAACAGUUUAUGAAUGCUUAUGAAAAAAGUAUAAGAGAUGAAUAUUAUAGUGAUAAUAUAAUAUUAUUUUGAAAA